GCGGCGCCCUCGCCGGGUGCGUGCCGCUUGCACGCCCGCCCGCCCGGCUCUCCGCGCCCGCCGCCCGCGCCCGGCCCCGGCGCCCCGGCCCUGCUGCCCGCGCUUCAUGGCUGCGCACGAAUGGGACUGGUUCCAGCGCGAGGAGCUCAUCGGACAGAUCAGCGACAUCCGAGUCCAGAACCUUCAAGUUGAGAGGGAGAACGUGCAGAAGCGGACUUUUACUCGAUGGAUAAAUCUCCAUCUGGAGAAGUGCAACCCGCCUCUAGAAGUUAAAGAUUUAUUCGUUGAUAUACAAGAUGGCCAAAUCCUAAUGGCUUUGUUAGAGGUCCUGUCUGGGCGAAAUCUGCUGCACGAGUACAAAUCCUCAUCCCAUCGUAUUUUUCGGUUGAACAACAUAGCGAAAGCACUUAAGUUUUUGGAAGAUAGCAAUGUAAAACUGGUUAGCAUCGACGCAGCAGAAAUAGCAGAUGGCAACCCCUCUUUGGUUCUUGGGCUGAUUUGGAACAUAAUCCUCUUCUUCCAGAUUAAAGAACUCACCGGCAACCUCAGCAGAAAUUCUCCAUCUUCCAGCCUGUCACCUGGCUCGGGGGGCACAGACUCAGACUCCUGCUUCCCACCCACGCCCACUGCAGAGAGGAGUGCGGUGAUAUCGGUGAAAGACCAGAGGAAGGCCAUCAGGACACUGUUGACAUGGGUGCAGAGGAAAACAAGGAAGUAUGGCGUGGCGGUGCAGGACUUUGCAGGCAGCUGGAGAAGCGGGCUGGCUUUCCUGGCAGUGAUCAAGGCCAUCGACCCCAGCCUGGUCGACAUGAAGCUGGCGCUAGAAGACUCCAUGCGGGAAAAUCUAGAGAAGGCUUUCAGCAUCGCUCACGACGCCCUUCACAUCCCCAGGCUCCUGGAGCCAGAAGACAUCAUGGUUGACACGCCAGACGAGCAGUCCAUCGUGACUUACGUGGCUCAGUUUCUAGAACAUUUCCCGGAGUUGGAAGCCGAGGAUUUUGCGGAUUCCGACAAAGAAGCCCCUAUUGAAUCCACCUUCGUUCGCAUCAGAGAAACCCCUUCUGAACAAGAGAGCACCGUCUUCCUUCUGACUGAGAACGGGGAGCGUGCCUACACCGUCAACCAUGAAACGAGCCACCCGCCACCCUCCAAAGUCUUCGUCUGUGACAGGUCUGAAGUCGUGAAGGAACCCUGCGUUACCAGCCAGGAGCUGGCAGACAGCUCCUCUGAGUUCAUGCACCAGAUUGUUGACCAGGUUCUCCAAGGGAUCCCAGGGAAGAUCAACAGCACCAGCGAGCUGCCUCCAGAAUCUUCCAUCUUAUCAUCCACAAAGGACAACCAGAGGUCCAACUCUCUGCCAAUCAAGAAAACUGUGCACUUUGAAGCUGACACCUACAAGGAUGCCUCCUGCAGUAGAGACCCUUUCUACAGUCCAGACCUUCGCUUCGAAGGAAGCCCAAGAGAGACCAAGGAGUCAUCCAGGCAGGACGGACAGGUCUUGGCAGCUGAGGUUGCUGAAGAAACACCGACACAGGAGGCCCCAGAGAUCCUGGAAGCAGCCUCCAGUGAGGCCCCCAGCGACGUGUCUUCGGUGGAUGGUAAGGUCAGUCAUCCUCCGACUUCCCAGACCUCUCCCUCCUGGAAUGGGGCGUCGGAGAGGGCAGCUAGCCCAGGGGAAGAGGGCCGUUCCCCCUCAUCCCCGGGAGAGGAUACCAUUGUGGCCGAUUCCAUGGAGAUCAAGGUUAAGCUGCUGACUGUAGAAGCUAUGGAUAAGGAAGACUCUUUCGAAGGCAUACCAUUAAAAGCCUCGAAAUUUAACAGCGACCUCGUAGAUUUUCCCUCCACCAGCCAGGCUUUCCACGAGGCUCCUUCGCCUCAUGAGAAAACACCUGCCGAGGAGGAGGUGUCAGAGGAUCGUGCUGAGAAGUUGGGUAAAAGGAGAGGUAAAUCUGCGCACAGGAAGACAGGUUUGGAUGAGCCCCCCGUGAAGCCCAACCGGCAAGAACCUCACAAGGACCCUGGCCCAGAAGACCAGGGCUAUUCUUUGGCCCCUGAGGAGGCACCGGUGGAUAAAAAGCCAGAAGUGUAUGAAAAGGCCAAGCGCAAGUCCCCCCAGCGCCAUCGGGGCGAGGAGGAAGGGGAAGCCGAGGGCCCGUGGGGCCUUGGGGGAGAAUUGCCUUCCAAUCCACCAAGCAGCAGCGUCAGCUUGGAGACCCUCCACAGCCCCAGCGAAGAAAGCCUGGAUUUCAAGCCGUCUCCGCCGCUCUCCAGGAUCUCCAUCAUCCCCCAUGACCGUUUCUACUACCCGCAUCAUGAGAUUCCCCUGGCUGCGGUUUUGGAGGCUUAUGCAGAAGGCGUGGAGGAUUUGAAAAAUGAAGAAGUGGACCUCGAAGAGCCAGAGGGGUAUCUGCCGGACCUGGGGGCCAGGGAGGAGGAGGCUGAGGCCUCCCAGAGCAGCUGCAGCUUCCGCGGGCUGGGCAAGGACCACCCCCAGGCCAGCAUCGCGGAGGAUGCCGGACCAGCCUCGGAACCCGCUCCCCCAUCCCCGCAGGAGGACCACCAGCCAAGGGAGGCCGCAGAGAGUGUCCCCGUGCAGGGCCAUCAGUCCCAGGAACUUCCAAACUCGGAAAACUUAGCAAACCCAUUAGAAGAAAAGGUAAUGGAAGAACCGAUCAGCAGUAAAAAAAAGGAAAAAAGAAAACACGUGGACCACGUAGAAAGUUCAAUAUUUAUAGCACCCGGAACUGUUCACUCCUCAGAUGACCUGGAAGAAGACACCCGUGACCACAAAGUCCUUUCCAGGACAAGUCACAGUGACUCCAGCAUUUACAUUCGACGACAUGCUAAUAGGUCUUUGGAAUCGGAACAUUUUAACUAUGCUCAGUUGAGGAACGCAGCAGAUCUGGAUGACAGAAGAAACCGAAUGCUAACCAGGUACAAUACUCAGAAGCUCACUGAGCUGAUUUUACAGUUUUAUGGCAUCAGAACAGACAUGAAGAGGGAAUGCAAACAUGCCAGGAUGUCUAUGAAAGCCAACCACUCAGGCGAAGCCAAGCUGCAAGAGAUCCACAGCCCACAGAGCGACUCGCUGAUGCAGUUCGUCCAGCAGCCAGACGUGAUGUACUUUAUCCUCUUCCUCUGGCUCCUGGUUUAUUGCCUGCUGCUCUUCCCCCAGCUGGACAUCAACAGACUCUGAUGCGUGCGUCUGCAUAAUAAAAAGACAGGAUCCUGGCCAGGGGUGGGCGGUCUCCUUACUUCCUUUUAUUGCCUGUUCUGGAUGGGGCACUUCUGCAGAUGGUGGAGGACCUCCGAGGAAACUUAGACUCCCUCUCUCCACUUUUCUUUUUCACGUUUCCUUUUUCUCCUGUAAGUCCUAAGCACGCUUUUCUCUUUGGCUAUGGACUCAACGCUCAGGUGUGUGGCCAGAUCCUUGGGUGGGGUUUGUUUGAGUGCCUUGCUCUGUCAGGUAUUAAGCUUUGUUAUUAAUACUUAUAACUGGGUCUUAGCUCGCCCCACGUGCUGGUUUUUAAGGUCCCAGAUGGACUUGAGUUUCUCGCCUCCCGAUGAGAAAUAGGAUGGAUGCCUCAGGGAGACCCCCACUGGGAAGAAAACUGCCCUACUUUCCUCCGAGAGGGGAGUCUGAGUGAAGGUGCUGGGGGUCCACGCACCUGUUGUGGUCUGGUGAUUGGUCGUUUUCUUUGGGGGGAUAUCAGAGCAGCACAAAGCUGCCGGGUCCAGCAAAGGGCGUCCAUGAACGGCAAAAUUCGAGGAAAAUGAAGGCUAGGUCGUGAGCUGCAGUGCACACUUGUUCACCCUCGUUUUCUUUUUUGUGGGGGGCAUGCAUUUUAAUUUUGCUUUUGCAUUGAUUGAACUGAGGUAAAGCUGUGAUUUUCAAACCUUUCCCAUCUAUGAAAUCCUCCUUUCAAGUGGAUUCUCAGGGGCCAGUCUAGUUGAUACAUGAAAAGCAGAGCUUUGGCUGACACAGGGCAAGGCCUGGGAUCCCUCUCGCUUUGCCCGGGCAGCUCCUGGCUUCCACUCGUGCCUCCUGAGGCAUCUGUGCUGGUACCCAAGGCCCCGCAGGGCACUGUCCAAAAAAAGCCCCCGAAAGCCCCGAGGAGGAAUGCAGAAGUGGCCUGGCUGAGAAUGAGCUCUGACUGAUGUUAGAGCAGGAAGUGGUCCAGCACGUUCCUGCUCUGAGAGAGCUUUUGUGCACACCUGCCUCACAAUGCGAGUCUCAGCACGGGCAUCUUUUGUGGUCAGUUAUGAUGGGUUUCUGGAAAAGGAAAAGGGUUUCUGGAAAGCACCCCGAGAAGUAACCAGAACAGGCAGGUGGUGAGAGGACAGAGACAUCCACCUGCCCUUCCAUCUUCCUUCUGCCCUGGGCUCCCUCCGCUCCCUGCUUCCUGCCAAGAUGCAGGCCAUGCGUCCCUGUGUAUUACUUGCUCCUCCCAUUGUCCUCCCCCUCAGAAAGCGUGUAUAUGGUGAGACUUAUAAAACCACAGCCUAUUAGGUCAGGAGGGGCAUUCAGACGGCAUCUGCUCUGCUGAACCCAGAGAGGCAGAGCUGGUUGACCAAGAUCACACAGCCAACCAGGAGCGGACUUGCAAGUGUACCCAGGCCACCUGAUGCCCCAUCCAGAGCUGUCCCCUCUUUUAGGGAACUUCCAUUGGGCCCAUGAAUGUCCUGAAAAAAAAAUAAUAAAAUGAAUAGAUAAGAAUGUCCUCAUUUAAACAAAACCAGAAUUUUUAGGUCAACCACCGACCUUUGUUUUUUCUCGUGAUUUUCCCGUGAGGAAGUUUUGUUCACUUUCAGGCUCAUUGCCUGUUCCUUCUGGAAUACCCUCGACAGCUCUAACAGCUUGUCAGCUGACACACCAGUUUUGUUGUCACUCCAGGAAUCACGCUUCUCUCUCAGCAAGGCAGGGAUUUGCUUAUUUCAAACGGGGGGUCUCAAGUUUACAGAAUUCCAGCAUGGCCAAAAGAAUUGACAUAGCGCAUCUGAGUCGAUGACAGCCAAAGCCUGGCCUCUAACCCACUCUGGCUAUAGGCUGCUUUCUCUCCACGAACGAAUCUAAGCCUUCCCAGCUGAAAGCUGUUGGGAGUUUGGAGCGAUUCCAUCUCGAAGGCCGAGUGUCCCAUGGAAAAUGAGCUAAUUAGUGACCUCCCUGGCAUCACUGAAAGCUGAAAGGUACAGAUAAUAAAGACUAUGUGUGUGAUAUUUUAUAACCAUGCGGUCCUCACCUAAAUUAGAUGCUUGAAAAGCCAGGGAAGAGCUGACCCGAACGUUAAUCAUUUCAUUUUACGGGUCUAGACCUUGUUCAGAAAAGUCUCUGCAGGUUUCUUCUCUCACCCAUUACAAAGUGUAAUGUUGUUUAAAACCAUCUACUGGCAAGAAGCCUGAAAGUCAUUUGGUUCAGGGUGGCAGCAAACUGAUUUUUUUUUAAAAGAAAAAAAAAAAUCUCACUUGAUUACAGGCGUGUGUGAAAGAAGUCAGAUAUAGAAGGUGGGUAAGAAGCCUGCAGGACAAACCACUCCAUGGCUUGUAUUUAAGAAUUUAUUUUUAAUUCUUAUCCAAGUAAUACAUGUUCAUAGUUUAAAAAGAAACAAAUACUAUAAGACUUUUAAUGAAAACUAGCAAUCCCCCAUGGAUUGCUCUCUAGAAGUAACACUUUCACCUCUUUUAGCUGUUUCUUCUAAUAUUUACCUUCGCAUUUCUACAUAACAUGCUUAUACUUCUUUUAUUUUAAAAAUUAAUCUAGAAACAUCUACUGGCUUGCUACCGUGGUAGAGAAGGAUCUCGCUCUUACCCAUACCAUGCUUUGUUUUUCCAGUAUAGUUAGAUAUGUUAUUUGGUACAUCUCUCUUCAUUGUGGGCAUAUGAGGACUGUUUACUUGUGAGCCAAGUAGUGUACUAUAGUUACACGUCCUUUCUCGUCAAAUUUUUUCUCCCUCCUUGAUGAUGAUGAUUGAUGAUGAUGAUGAUGAUUUUGGUGUGGCACAUUCCUUAGUAACUGUCUUAGAAAAGAACAUGGGAAGUAAAUAUUAUUGUAAACAGUUUGAGAUUUUGCAUAACUUAAAAUAUCCUUAUUCUGCCCUUACCCAGGUGUAGCUGGAUAUAGAAUUGUGGGUGGAAAAUAAUACCCUCCCACCACCCCCCAGCGUGGUUGUUGAGAUUCCUGAUGCCAUUCUGAUUCCCAGGCCUUUAGCUGUGACUUGGGUUUCUCCACCCUCCCAGGAAACAUUUAAGAUCCCUUCAUUCUUAGUGUUCUGAACUGUCCUGAUGGUGUUGUACCCUUGAUGGUGUACCUCGUGCUGGGUUCUCAUGAGAAACUUCUUAAAUUUUCUUGUAAUUGUUCACAUUCUUUCUUUCUGUACCACCUGUUGUUCCAAUGUUGGACUUCCCAGGCUAGACUUCUAAUAUUUUUUUAUCUUUUCUAUUUCUCAUCUCUUAAAUUUUUUUUUUUUUGAUCUGCUUUCAGGGUUAGUUAUUUAGCUUUAUCUUCUCAAUAUACCUGAUGAAUGUUUUAUUAAUUUUUAAUUUCCAAAACAUUUUAUAGUGUCCUGUUCUUGUUUCAUGGGUGCAGAACUUAUUUCUCUGUGGAUGUUCAUGAUAGUGGGGUUUGGGAGAAGUUCUUUUCUGCUCUCUGUUUUGCCUUUAUUUCCUCUAAGUUCCCUUUCUCUUAGUCGCACUCUCUGUCUUUCACAUUACAAGUUUUCUUCAGAUAUCUAGUGAUCCGGUGGAUUGGUUCGAGCGUAAGAAUGAUACAUCACAAAAUGGAUAGGAAGUUCUGUGUGUCAACUGGUGGAUUUUUCUGUAGGGUCACCAGGUGGGCACCUGCACUCUUCAUGGGAGGACCGCACAUAUCAAUAUUUGCAGGUCUUUUCUCAUUGUGUUUCCUUAGAGAUAUUUCCACUUCUCUCCUGCCUGAGAUAAAGGGACAUACGCAGAGCUGCUACUAGCCUAUGCAGGGCCCUCAUGCAGUUUCAAAAAGGGCAUUCCCUCUGAGUGGAUGGAUGACUUAGAAAUAGGUGCCCCUGUGUGCAGAAGCCACCCAUGGGCACUUGGCCAAACUGGCAGAAGGCAUCUUUUGCCUCUUUCUCCAGGGAAAGGCUUGAGGAGCAGAGUAAGGGCUAGAUUUUAACUCCCAAUUGCCCCCUAGGCCAAGCACCUUUGUGCCGUGCACAGACUGGAGGGCCGUACCCAGCCAUGCCGGCGCACACCUGAGUGCCCGCAUCCUGACUCUGAGCAGGCAUCUCAUCACGAUCAGUGUGUAGACUCACUGAAUCACUCCCGCCUCGCUGUGCCUGGUGUCGCUGGGUUAGAGCUCCUCUGCUUCCCCCCGAGGAGUCGUCUGCUGACGCUGCUUGGUGCUGGUGCCUCUCCUCUGCCCGGGCAGUGCGUGGUGUGGGGAUUCCUCGGCCCUGCUCCCGUCUCCCUCAGUUCUGCCCCUGCCACAAAUGGGUUGGCAUCUCUCGCCUACUGUCAUCUCCUCUUCAUCCCUUUGUCUUUAUGAUUCCAUCACUUCCAUUCCUUUGCUCUUAUUUCCGUGGGGUUUCACCAGGGAAGACACCAUCUUGCAUCGCAGGUCCCACGUUCGCUCUCUCCCUGCUUGCUAGGUGGCUCGCUGCCCUGUGGACGCGCUUGUGAACGCGCCCUGAGUCCUGCUGAGCCAUGGUCUGCGAGCGCCUUCAUAUGAUGCUGGGCCGCGUGAGGAGAGGCGAGAGAGCACCUGGAGCUCCCCUGGAUGCCACAGUACAGAUAGGAUUCUCCUUCCUUCCCUCCUUUCCACCUCCUGCCCCGACAAAACUACCUUAGAGCUCCCGCUCCCCGCCAGCUUUCUGGAGUCAUGCACUUUCUAGGGUUUCUUUGCCACCGUCACUUCGCUGGGGAACAAGCGGUCCACACUGGUGUCAGCCCGCGAGCAAACCAGCUGCUCCCUUUGUGGAUGGCUGUUUGGAACUUUGUGAGCAGUUCCUCCUGGUCAAGCCCGGCCUCUGUCGGGAGUGGGGCUCCCACCAGGACUGGGGACCAGGGAGUACCCCACUCCGUGCCCCCUAGAAGCCACCCUGGGCACAGGCUGAUUCUCCCUUUCUGGGGUUCAGCGGAGUUUCCCCAGCUCUCUCUUCCCGUCCCCGUGCAGUGCUGGCCUGAUCUUUGUGAGGGUCGAGCUCAUACAAGGCGGAAGAUUUGGAGGCUGCCUGCCUGUGUAGUCGAUCUUCAUAAAUUAUAGGUUAUCUGAUAGCCUUAGGGAUCACGUCAGGGUCUAGUGCCUCAUUUAGGAAAUGAGAAAACUGACGAUCAGGAAGGAGAAAUGACUAGUCGCACGGCUCGUUAGUGCCCUCGGGAGGGACGUCUGGAUGCCAAGUUUCCUACAGAACUCCAGCCUCCAGCCCCUGCAGCUAAGCUGCACUUCCCUCGUCACCAAGGACUCAGAACAUCGCAGAGCUGAUCUCUGAAACACAAGCCAGAGUAAACCAGGAAAGGAUGUAUCUCUGAAUAUCAGAAUUCACGGUGGCUUCUUUGUUAAGAGUUGUUCUCUUUCCAUGGUCGUGUCACUGGAGAGCAGCCCUGUGACACACUCUUUCAUGCAAGCUCGGUUUUCCUUAACCCUCCAGAAGGCCCACUGCAGUUUGGAGCCGUGGCCUCUCUUUCCUUUUGGCUUGGAGACCUUCCCAGCAAUUUCUGUUCACGUCCUAAAGUCCCCGAGGUGGUCAAUGUGGGAGUUUCAGAUCCACAUGGCUCCUCAGAACCUUCCCAGUGAUACUCUGGCCAGGAAACAAGAGCCCACGAAACCCUCCGGGCCCAGAUGUGUUAUUUCUCUUGCCCUGACAUUGCAUCAUCUCUGCUGACACCGCCUUUGGGGCGAGACUUAGCGUCCUGGGGCUGCAGCUGCUGUCUACAGUCCCCGCUGAGUAUCAGGCUCUUCCUCCGGCCCGUCCAGCUGCUCUCAGGAUGAAGGCCUUGACCUGGGCUGAGCCGCUGAAGGCUGAGAGCUGGCGUGAGUGAUAACUUGCUUAUUUGCUGGAAAUAGCUGCGGACUCUGCCUUAACGGUUAGCCGGUGUCAGGGAGCCAAGAAAUGAGACAUGGGUUCUUUGCUGGAUGUUGAGUCCCAUAGAUCUUUUCGGCUCUGCCUCUUGUCAGGCGCUUUGUGGAGGAACAAUAGUCAGCGCAGGGAAGUGAGCCCAAUACCCGUGAAGCGUGGACUCUGCAUGCAUUGCACCCAGAAUCUUCCAUUCCCAUCUCAUGCGCACCCCGUGGCUUCAGGCUCCAGGUGAGCCCUGGCCCUCCUUGCUCUGACGUGUGACAGCACCACAGUGACCUGCAAGCCUUCAAAGUCCUCCACCCCCGUGGGCGCGACCAGCUUGGGAAGGGGCAAAGGCCUGGAGGCUCUGAGCCCCUACUUCCCUAGGGUCAGCAGAGGUCAUCAGAGUUCCGGGGCCCCUCUGACUCUUCUGGAAUUGCCGGACCCCUCAGCGGCGGGAAGACCGACUUAGGUGCUUAUAAUUCGUUCUGAGAACCUUGAUGAAAACCCAGCCCUGGGCUGUAGCACCAACAAGCCAGAAAAAUAUCCUCGUUUAUGGGAAGAAGACAGCCAGUAUUUUACGCUGUUUGACACAUGGUUUUAAACACACACACCACUCAAUAAUCUACCGCCCUGAUCCCACUGCUAACUUCAAAAUCCCUGACACUUAGAUGUCAAAGCCAACUUUCAUCUAGCAGGAGGAAUCUCUUUAACUGAAACUCCACCCACCCCCUUUUUUUUUUAUCACUCCCUUCUCCCUUCUCCGGGAGGUUUUAUGGAAUAGGGGAAGAGGGCAGGUUCAGGAAUCAGCCAGAUCUAGGUUCAAGUCCCAGCUCUGUCUCCAAAUAUCUGCAUGACUGGGCAAAUUACCUCUCUGAGCAUCUUCUGUGCAGAAUCGACACUCAGUACAUAUUUGUUGAGUGAAUAAUAGCUUCCUUGUGAGCUUGUUAUAAUGUCGUAAAAUGCUCAGUAGCUCCGUGUCUGCAUGUCCCUCCUCGCCAAGCUUUGACUAGACCUCCUUUCAGUUCGUUCAGUUUACCAUCGCUUCUUCUAGCCUCUCUCCAAUCCGCCUCGAUCUUGCCAGCUGCUCUCUCAAAGCUAGCUCAUGCCUUUUACGAGAGGAAGCCGAAGCCAGCGUGUACCCACGAACUCACUGGACCCUUAUAACAACAGUCACGGGAGGUGGUUCUUUCAGAGAGGAAGCUAAAACACAAGAAGGAAAGAUAACAAGGUCAUAGAGCUGGCAAGUGGCAGAACCACGAUCAAAGGACUCUUCCUUCCAAACGUUGAUUUCCACCCUAGACUUUGCUGCUUAGAAAAUAAGUCACGCCUUAAUGCGAUUCUGAUUGUUGGUGACUUUGGCCUAGUGGGCACGCGUGGGUGGAAAUCUCAGAGUUGGGCGGGUUUAGCAGUCACAUUGCAACCCUCACCUGGCGUUCUUCCCCUUCCCAAGUUUCUGCAUACUUUGACCCCCCAACCCAUAUCAACACUGCUUAAAUAUCUCCUUCAUCCUCAUUUGGUAAAAAUGACUAAUACUGUACAUCAACUAUACUUCAAUUAAAAAAUAAAUUAAAAAAAUUUAAAAUGACUGAGGACACCCCAAGUUCAGGUUUUAACCUAAGGCUUCAAAUUGACAACCAAAAUGACUGUGUCUAAAGGGCCUUUAGCAGCAUAACCUCAGUGUCUAACAUCCAAGAUUGAAUGACUUUAAUUAACUGCCCCCAGGUAGUCACUCUUCACUUCUUCUCACACACGCUUUUCAGAGUAGAAGUGAGGCUUCCUCCUUCAAAAAGAAAAUCUCACUGUGCCGGGCAGAGCACAAGUGAAAUAGGGACGAGACCAUGGAUUACUUGGAGGAAGUUAGAACUGGUUGGCCUGUGAGAUAGGAAUCAUUAUUUUUCCUUUGUUUUGAAUUGAAAAGUUGUGAUUAUUGCAUUGUUGCAGAAAGGAAUAGAAAAAUGUCUCUUAAUAGGUUUGUUUUCCACUUGCAAAAGUUCAGACUUCUUUUAGACCCACCGGAAGUCAGUCACAGCCUAUUCUCUGUAAGACUUUGCUAUGAGGACAACCACCACAUGCCUGUAUUCCUAAAUGUCAUGCAAGGAUUGAAACACUGUUUAAAAGGAAACUCUGGGGACUUCCCCAGUGAUUAAGACUCCACCUUCCAAUGCAGGGGGUGCGGGUUCGAUCCCUGGUCGGGGAACUAAGAUCCCACAUGCUGCAUAGUAUGGCCAAAAAUUAAAAAAAAAAAAAAAAAAAAGGAAACUCUGAAAGUGUCUGUAACCUAGAGCGUUGACAUUGUUCCAAAGUAGGAUAGCACUGGCCUGGUCAUCAGGACCCCAGGUCCUAGCUCCGGCCCACCUGCUGUGACACCUUGAAUAAUUCAUUUACCUCUCUGGGUGGAAAGGUGGAAGAUCUCCUUUUAAAAGUCUUUCCUAGGUUUAAAAAUCCAAAGGUUAGCAAAUUAGUUUUGUUUUCUUUUUAAUCUCAGUAAGUGGCCUGUUUGCUUAGAAUAAAUGCACCUCUGCAUUUGUAAGUGAAUUCCAAAGCUUAGAGCAUGGCUUCCGGCUUUAGUAUCUGAGAAAGGUGCCUUUGGAAAGGGUUUGGUAAAAUAAAAGGUAGUCUGUUGAAGGUGUGGGGUGAAAGUUUGGAGUAGAACGUGGGAGACCUGCUUCCUAGGACUCCCAGAACUAAACUGGUCUCCUUAAAUUAAGUCAGCAUCUGAGGCACUUUUCUUGGAUUCCUUGAAAUUCACGAGUUCAGCUGCAGGCAUAUAUAGAUGUAAACAGCUGGACCUUUCUAUCCUUCCCAUCUUUUUCCCCGUCCCCUCGUAGACUCGAAAUAGAUAGGCACAGAAAUUCCACUCAAAUCAGAGGCUGCUUGCAUUCUAGCACUGGAUCCCUGAAGCCAAAGACUGGCAUGUUUGUAUAGAAUGUCCCUGGGGUGGGAGUGGGGCUGGGGGAAGGGUACCAUGAAGCAGAGACCCUGCCUCCUUGAAAUUGCACCCUAAGUUAGCUACCUGCAUCACUUGCAUUGGUGUUGGUGACAUCAGCCAAAGACAAAGAGUAAAAGAGGAAGGAUGGUUGUUCCCUACCGUACAUGGUCAGGACCAAUGAUUAAACCUGGAAGCAGGAGUUUGUUCAAAGCGUAUUGUAUUGGAUGAUGAUAGGUAUUUAUUUGUUCAAGGUCUGUAAUACGUUUAACAGAUUUAAUGCUACGGUUUCUUGUAAUGUCAUGGCAGGACUUAAUUGAUAAUGUCUGAAUAUUUUUACUGAGAGCUCUAAGAGAACUAUUGAAAAAAAAAAGCAAAAUGUUAUUUUGUAGUACAAGAAAUAUUUUGUCUAUUUAGUACAUACAUAGAUGUAGCUUUGUAAAAAAGGUAUCUUUGUAAAAAAAAUUGUAUGAACAUGCACUCUUAUUUAUUGACUAUUGUACAUGAAGAUAUAAAUGACUAUUUGCAUAAUUUAUACCCGUGGGAAAUUAACUGGAGUAUUUGUUAUUUGACUGUUUUCUAUUAAGGACUAUUAGGCUUGGUGCUAUGAUGAAUGGUCUUGUAAAAUUACAUGUAACCUUAAGAAAAAUUUUGAGUAUAAAUUUCAUGAAUUGACCAGCUCA